UUACACUGUGCUACAGGGAAGCUUCUACAAGCGUGUGAUGUCAUCGGAGUUGCAACAAUUUACAAAGCGUUUUCGUUCCAGAUAAAUAUUUUAUUUUGCAUAAUCUGCAAAAAAAUCAUAAUGAAGUAUAUUUCGUUUAAAAUUAAAAUCGUUUUAUUCCACUUUAGCAACACUUCAUUAAAAAGUGAACGUUACUUGACGGCAACUUUACUUUACUCUUUGCUUGACGGCGGCGAUUUGUUUGACAGGUCAGCCACUAGCCAGCUUUGAAGCGCUUUUUAGCUUCUGGAGUAGCGUAUUUUGGAUUUAUUUUGCAAUAACUCUUGUUUUUGACGUUGUAAAUAGUAUUUACCUUGAUUAAUUCCUAAGAUAGUCUUUAUUAAAGUGCACUUACAGUGUUACAUAAACUGUAGAGCUCUAAUCGUGUCGGCAGACCCGAUGUGUUUAACUACUUAGUACGUCAGUGAACGAAUGGUGGCUGUAAGAUAAUGGAUGUGGAUGCUCCUAACAUAUUGAAAAGGUGCAGCAGUGCACCCCUAAUCAAUGAGGCAGCUUCUACAACAGUCACAUCGCCAACGACUAAUACUGCACCCAGGUAAAGUGCUGAGAAAUACAUUUUUCAGUAUGCUGUCCAACAACAAUUUAUCGAGGAUGCGCAGAUACAGUGGAAGCAGCUUUAGUCCGCUGUCGGCGCCCGUUACUUUAACCCAAAACUCUUGGGCGCCACGUCUGACGCCGCGCGUGAAUCAGCUCCGCGCGGAGGAGUGCGCCGACGUGAGCAACACGCGGGAGGUGGCCCACGAGCGCGAGGUGCACUCCGCCAUGCAGAUGGGACAGUCCUGCGAGGACCUCACGCUAGUCGCCGGCCUGCCGCAGUCGCCUACCAGGAUCCACAGAUUUUCGAGCGGAGUUUCACCGUCGCCGACCCGCAAAUAUACGACGCGGCGGAGUCUCUCGCCGCAGACGAUCCGCGCGUCGUCGUUCAGCCCCGUGGGCCGCGGCCCGCUCGGCUGCAAGCGGAAGGGCGACGAGUCCAGCGAGCCGGGCACUAAGCGCGCCUGCCUCUCGCGGGACCCGCCCACGUCGCCCGCCACAGACUCCGACUCGUUGGACUGCACCUUCAGACCCGUGUCGCCCCGCUCGAGACCCAUGAGCGACUCGCACUACCCCACCGAUCGCAAGACCCCCGAUCCCAGCUAAUAGUGUGCUGCGUUGUAAUACUAGUUCGGAUUCGCUUGCCCGAGUGUUCGCCUGGCGUGUUUUUCCGACGCUCCGAGUGUUGUUGCAAUUCUAGGCGAACGCUUCCCUGGACUGGUCCAUAGUGAUUACCUGUGCCGACGGUAUUUUCUCGAUAUCCGUCGUGUUGUAGAGUAGGGUGUAGUGUUUUCGUUCCGAAGUUUAGAGGUAGUGCGGAAAUGAUGGUUCCUAAUAGUGAACUCGGAAUAGUAGAUUAGGGAUGGACGAGAGCGAGUGCCCUGUUAAUAGCCAAAGCAUUCAACUUUAUUGUAAAUAUGUAGGUUCUUGUGUAUCGAACGCAGAGUUGUAUAUAAUUUUUAGAACUAAGAAAAUGUAGCCAUAAUAUUGUAAAAGGACGAGUUUCGUCGAUUUGGUUUUACAGGUUAAGAUGUUUUGUUUUGACACGAUCCGCCGAUAUUUUUUAUUUAUGAAUAAUUUUGAUUCAAUAUAUCUUAUUUUUUUCUGUUGAGUUUAUCACUAACCGUUGCCGCCGAUGUCAUGAAGUCAGGUGUGACAGAAAUUAAAGGCUCUCUAAGGCGCUCCCAGAGAGUUUUUUACAUGAAAUAUAUAUAUUUUUUUUGUAAAUAUGGAAAUAUCAAUUUCAAUAUAAUUAUUAUAAUACUAAAUGUAAUCAUUAAGUGUUGAUAUAAUUGAUACAUUAAAAAAGUAGGGAUGUUGCAAAUGUGGAUAUUGCUGCAAAUGUGGAUGUGACACCUUUUUCAAAAAAUAUUAUUUUUUAUUUUUGCAUUUAUACUGGAAUAAAUAUUAUAAUUUUUCUUAUGGUUCAGUAACAAUAAUACAGCACAAUAUUAUGGUUAAAAAUGUAAAAUUCAUAAUUGUUUUAGAAGUAGUAAACCAACUGUAAGAAUAAAUGACAAAAAUCUGUCAUCUACCUCCGGAUACAACAGGGAUAUCAUAACAGCAACAUGUUUAUAGAUAUUUUUCCUUUUUUCUCUUAAUACUAGCCGGUUAAAGAGAUGAUAAAAAUAUAUGAUUUGUUUUACCGUAAAGUCUCUUUAUUUUAAUGCUCAGUGGUAUGCAGUUUGCGAUGUCGGACAGCUAAUUUUCAGCGCACCGCAUUAGCAUCUGGUAUAAGCCCUUAUAAUUCUACAUCCGCAUCUGCAACAGCCUUAUAAGAUAUGCAUAUUAGUGAGUUUCCAUAUUGGGCGUUUCUUUUGUGAUUUAUUACUCCAUUGUGUUCAUAUUGUCACAUAGUUUAAUUAUAUGAUUCAGUUUAAUCAAUAUAAUCGUAAUUGAUAGAGUAAUAUGAUCUAAUUAGCUAUCCAUCAAUUACCUAAAAAUUUUCUUAGUGAGCACGUUUUUUGCUUUCGCCUUAUUUUGUCAUUGUUACCAAUGAACAGUAUUCACAUAGGGGUCAUCCGUAAAUUAUAUCACUCGUUAAGGGUCGAAAAAAUGUGACUACUAAAUUUUGUGAGGUCACAUUUCAAAAUUUAUUAUAAAAACGCGACAUCUCCAUACUGCUUCAAGCUAACCUUUUUUAAAUUUUGAUGGUUAUUUAUUUUAUUAAUAAAACUGCCAAUUUAUUUAAAAUUUCGUAUGAAAUUGCAAAAUAUUAUGUGUAAUUUACGAGGUAAAAAUCAUAAAAUACGUUUGACGUAAUUAAUGGAUAGGCCCUACCACUAUCGUAAUAAGCAUCAAUUUGAUUUAAAUUCAUAUUAACUGAAGUAAUAAUAUUUUUUUUUAUUAGUAUGUUAUAUUAAAAUGUUAGACUUCCAUCAAAUUGUUAUAAAUAAUAUUUAUGACUACCUCCAUGCUAUCAUUUUGUGUAAUCAAUUGUAGCAGCAAUGCGUUUGCUUCUGUGCAGUCAGAUAUUACUAAAAAGUUUUAAACUUUUUUGGAUAGAGAAUAACAAGUUUUAAUAUUUACUGGAGCCACACGUAUUUUAUAGUUAAACGAAUAUUACACUAUACAAAGACAAAUUUUCUAAAAUAUUACUAUAAAAUAAAAUAAUAAUAAAAACCCAGAAAACAAGGGAUUUUUUUCCUGUUGUAGGUCUGCAGGUAGAAAUUUCAAUUUUAAAUAAGCAGUGCUCUUGUGCUAAUGUCUGUUACAUUUGUUAAUGUGAAAUUGUAUGUGCACAAAAUAAAUAAAUAAAAUCUGUAAAGUAAAAACAGCCUACAAGUUCUCCUAAAGCAUGGUCAGUUCAUCCAUUCUUUCUGGCCCAUUAAUUAUUAGGUCGAACGUUCAGAGUACGAUUAGUUUCUCUUAUUGUCAAACACCAAAAUGAUAGUACGGCGGUUAGUUUCGUUUUGAAAACGUACGAAUAUAUAAUUUUAAUAUUGAAACAAGUUUUAUAAGUUUUUUUAAUACCUCUCAGUAACCCACAAGCUGUUGCAUUUUGAAAUAUAUUAGUGUUAUAAGUAAUUAUUUUGUAUUGCGUACUGUCAACAGCGCAUCAGGUUAUACAAAACUGACUACACUGGUGGAAAAGUUUCAAAUUUAUUGGGUAAAUUUGACAGUUUAUGAUAAUCUCAUGUGCUGCUGUGUGUACAUAAGUUGUGAUGUGGAAGUUAGAAAAUCACGACAGUGUCCGUUCGAUGUUAGUUUGUACACGAUUUGUAUUAUAAAAAAGGUUGGGUUUACUUUUCGGUGCUAAUAUGAAAACUAAUAUUCAUUUUAAAACACCAUAUCGAACGGACGCUGAUCACACCUACUAUAUACAUAUGUACCUAUGAACAGGUAAAUUGUAUUGUAUAAUUUGUAAUUUUUAGUCUGAAUUCCAUGAUAAACAACUGAUUUAUUGUUUUCAAGUGUGAUUAAAUCACAAUGUGAAUUCAUUUAGUCCAGCGUUUCAUUUAUUUAAGAUUUACAGGGGUUUUGGUGUCAAUUAAUCUUCGUGCUAGACAGUUUAGUAGUAAUAAACAAGUAAUGUUUGUUAAGAGUUGAUAAAAGCUCUUGCCCACGAGUGAAGUUACGCGACGCAUCCCCAUUUUUGUUACGAUCUCUUAGACCAGGGAUGGCGAACCAAUGGCACGAACCAGAAUAUUUUGAGCACGUCGCUAAUCACAAAAUUCUUUUCGCAAAACGAGAAAAAAGUUUGAAGUAAUAAUCAUUUUCUAAUUAAUAAGAAAGUCAAAAUUAUUUGACGACACGUUUAUGACCUCAUUAAACCUUCAUAUAGAAAAAUGGCACAUUGAUAGGUUAAGC